UGAUCACAAAUCAGCAGAGUUGUCUGGUAAGUUCUCUCUUCCAUUGCUUCUGAUUGUUUUCUCCUUGUUGUUCUUUAAUUUUGGGGGUUUUUUUUUCCUUUCCUGUUUUUGUUUCUUCAUUUCAACAUAAAUUGAAGAUAACGAGCGCAAAGGAUAUGGAUCAACCAGGUCACCGAUAUAAUCCAACUAAGGAAGAAAUACUUGACUAUUAUUUACCCCACAAGGUUAGAGGAAAUCAUUCCCAAGUCUAUGAAAUUGCAGAGAUUGAUAAUAUCCUCAAAUACGAGCCGUGGGAUUUACCCGGGCUGGUGGCGAUUCCACCAUCAAAGCGUAAAUGGCAUUUCUUUUCUCCUCGAAACAGAGGACGUACUAAAAGGCAAACAAAGGCUGGUUUCUGGAAAGUGACUGGCCGGAGCCUUGUGUUGAAGAACAUAGCGAACCAAGUCAUCAUCAAGAGAUAUUUGGUUUUCUAUACUGGUGGAUCGAGUAAGCAAGAAUGGACUAACUGGGCUAUGCACGAGUAUUAUCUGAAGCCCUCGGAUUCCAAUGAGAGGGGUUAUGUUGUCUACCGCUUACGUCAGAAGCCACCACAAAUUAAAAAGACGGUCAAUUUAGCUGCUGAUGAAGGUGAACCCAGUCGUGACUCAGCUUCAAUGGUUGAAAAUCCUAUCACAGAUAUCUCAUUGCCAGAGAUAGACCAAUUUAUGGAUGAAAUAUUGAACUCUGAUGAGCAGGAUUUCACCUCCCGCACCGAACAUCAGCCAAGCAUGCACAUUAGUCAGGAUUCCUCUUUUGUGAAUCUUCAGGGAACCAAUGGCACUAUUAAUGAUUAUACUAAGGCAUUUUCUCAAUUUGGCGUCGGUGAUCAGCACACCGUCCUUGAUGGUUCCAGCACAUCGGGGUCACUGGAUAGCCCAUAUAUUGGGUAUAUCAAUUGCACUGAAGCAGUCAACGCAACGGUAAAUCACUGUUUGCCAGAGAUGCACAUGGUGCAGGGCCUCUCUUAUGAGAACUUUCAGCAAACCAAUGGUAAUAUUGAUGAUUAUAGUUUUCUGUUGUCUCAAUCUGGUGCUAGUGGUCAGCUAGACAACAUCUCAGAGUUGGAGAAAACGUUUUCUGCUAUCCCAGAUGGACGCUUUUACUGUGGCAAUAUCCUCACUGCUCCUAGUGAGCCCAGCCCAUCAGUGUCAUUAGGACGUCUCCAUGGUGAGAAUAUCAGUGAUAUUGGAGGCGAUGAUGGUUGGGGUUGGGGUUGGGGUUGGGGUUGGGAUUUGGAUUGGUUGUUUGAACUUGCUUCUGCUUAUUCUUCCUAUACAUGAAAAUAGAGAAAAAUAAGCAGAAACAUGUAGGAGUGACCAAUGCGAAGCCCAACCUAGAACAUAAGGAAUGUCUAUGAUGUCGGACAAUAUGAUUUCCUUUGUGAGUCAAGGAAGUUGGUUUAUCACCGUGGUGGUUUGGUGAUAAACCAACUUUCUUGUCUAAUGGAUGACAUGAUAUUGUGCGGCAUCAUAGUCAUCUCCUUCAUGCUUUCUGAGUGUUAUUAGUUUUGCACUUGAAAAUACUGGUUUUAUAUAGGCUCUAAAAAUGUACUCAGCCAGCCUUGUUUGUAGUUGAGGGAUUACUCUGCUUGAACAGAAUGUGUUCUUAUGUGUAAUUGCACUAUAUUUUGUAUGCUUUGCUUUAUUUCUUAGCAUGUAUAAAGGAAAUUCCUUUCAUAUUAAUUGUAGUGUUUUUAUUUGGAGUAAACAUCCAUUUUGGUUAUCAAA